GCUGGACGGUGCCACAUGACUGACGUCAUUCAGUUUUGGGGUCUAGGAGGUGGGGGUGCACACAGCAAUACAAACAAGCUAGUCAGCUACAUAAUGCCGACCGUAUUUUGGAAAAUAAUUGUUAAUCUCUCAAUCAUAACUGGCUUUUGCAGCUGCUUCCGUAACGAUGCGACUCCUGAGGAAAACCCAAACAUACCAGCUAUCGCCAAAUACUUCACUACGAAAGGCAGGUAUGAGGAAGUGAACCCGCAUCUCAUAGAGGACAUACUUGCUGUAAACAGAUCCAUCCUGCAGCCUCCAUCCGCACAGUGUCGCGAAAUUCAUCUGACCGCCAUCAUCAGGCAUGGCACGAGGUACCCGACCAGCAAAAAUGUCAAAAAGAUGCAGAAACUUUACGAUCUGGUGAAAAGAAGCGCGUCGGGCAAACAGAGCUGGCUGCGUGAGAUCCAGACCCAGUGGACGAUGUGGUACACUGAGGACAUGGACGGCCGACUCGUCCAGAAAGGUGUCAACGAUCACAAGCAUCUGGCUGUCAGGCUGUCAAAGCUGUUCCCCUCACUGAUUUCAGAGGAGAAGCUCCGAGGUGGAUUCAUCAAAUUUAUAACCAGCUCAAAGCACAGGUGUGUCAACAGCACGCUGUCCUUCAAGGCAGGACUGACAGAGCUGUGGGCCAUUACAGAUAAGGAGUUUGAUCAUGCAGUGAACGAUGCUCUCAUGAGGUUUUUUGACCAGUGCACCAGGUUUGUGCAGGAAGUUGAUAACAACCCCACAGCUCUGUCAGAGGUGGACAAGUUCAAGGAGGGACCAGAGAUGAGGAGGGUCACUGAGAAGAUCGCAGACCGUCUCGCAGUCCCCUACAACAGCAUCACAGCUGAUAUGGCCGAAGCUGCAUUUUAUUUGUGUGCUUAUGAGUUUGCCAUCAAGACUGUGAACUCCCCCUGGUGUCGGCUUUUUGAUGAGGUCGAUGCCAAGGUUAUGGAGUAUGCAAAUGAUCUGAAGCAAUUCUGGAAAAGAGCCUAUGGUUAUGAUAUUAACAGCAAGUCGAGCUGCAUUCUCUUCCAUGAUGUGUUUAGUCGACUGAACAAAGCAGCCGACGAGAACAAGUCAGGCCAGCAGGUGACUGAAACUGUGACUAUCCAGGUCGGCCAUGCAGAGACCCUCCUGCCACUGCUCACCCUCCUGGGCUUCUUCAAAGACAGUGAGGCCCUGACUUCCACCAACUACGCCACACAGAGCCAACGCUCCUUCCGCACCAGCCGCAUGUUACCCUACGCAGCUAACUUAAUCCUGGUUCUGUAUGACUGUGGGGGAGGCGACCUGAGACUGCAGCCGCUGCUCAACGAGAAGCCUGUCGAUUUCCCCGGGUUGACGGACCAGCAGGUCUCCAUGCCGCUCUAUCAAGACGUCAGGGAUCACUACAAGGAGCUGCUGCAAGGCUGUGACUUUGAGACUGAGUGUCGACUGUUUGGCAAUCCUGCUUAAGUUUCAGCAGACAGAAAAGAUGCUGGAGAAGAGGGCAUUCAGUGGCUUUAAUGUUUUUUAUUUGAAAAGCGAGUGAAAAUUGUUUAGAAGUGUCUUAUUCUAAUGAUCUCCCUUAUAUGAAGCAUUACCAAAUCAGUGUUUAGCCUGGCCUUUUUUCUGAAGUAAGCAAUAAAGAAGCUUUUUUUUUUUUUUUUAAAUCACUCUCUCUUACGGCUAAGAUAAAGCAGGUUGUGUGUCUCUGAAAUGGAACCAAGACGAUAUUUUAAUUUCACCUGUACCAUUACAGUAUUAUUACUGCUAUAUUGUUUUUCCCCCCAAGGUUUCAUUACAGGAAUUAAAUAAUUUGCAGUGUA